UCAAGUCGUUCCCUCGUCGAAGCUCUUCCCUCCCACACCCCAAAUUGCACUUCUCUUUCUACAACUAGUGCGUGUGAGAGAAAACUAGUGGAAAAUGGGAUUCUUGUCAUCUUGCUCCAGCUACGGACAAGAGGUUUGAUUAAAGAAAAGACCCAUCUGUCCUCACCCCGUGCCCACAUUUUUUUCGAAUUUCAUUGCUCCAUGUCUUCGGAUAUGUAUGUGUUCGACAACUCCUUCUACUCCGAUCAAUUCUCGCCGUUCCUCGACUCCGCCGCCAUCGACGCCUUCGGAAUCUUCCAGGAAAACGAUGAGAGCGCCGCCAGUCUGCACCAAUUGGCGUCGGCUCUGCUGUCGUCGUCGCCGCCCAGCGCCGAGCUCCAGAAUCUGUCGCUGUCGCACCUCGCGCCGGAGGUGAAGACGGAGGAAUGCCAGCUCGGAUUCAACAACAACUCCUUCUCACCGCACGAAACCGCAUUGAAGCUAAUGCACAGGAGCUACAGCAGCAGCAGCUUCGACAACUCCCGCGCCGAUUUCUCCUUCCGACCGCACUUCGACAGCGUUCUCGAGCACACUCAAAUCCUCUCCUCGCCGGAAACCGCCUUCCAAUCCGGCCAAAUCAGAAGAGUUUGCAGCACCGGCGAUCUCCAAAAAAUGAAAACAAGCAUGCAAACGAGAAGCGUGCUGUCUUCAAGCCCGCUGUCGGCGGAGAAAUCGUUCAUGGAGGAAGCCAAUUUCAAGGUAGGGCGUUACAGCGCCGAGGAGAGGAAGGAGAGGAUCGACCGAUACAGAGCUAAGAGGACUCAAAGGAAUUUCAACAAGACUAUUAAGUACGCUUGCCGGAAAACGCUAGCCGACACACGGCCGAGGAUACGCGGCCGCUUCGCCCGCAACGAUGAAGCCGGAGAGAUUCCAAAGGCAUCAAUGUUUCAGAGAUAUGAAGAUGAUGAUGAGCUUUGGGUAAUAAUAUUCUCCCCUCAAAAAAAACUUUCUUUUUCUGUCUUUUUUUUUUUUUUUUUGCAUAAAGAUGAACAUCACCUUCCUUUAGUCGGAAAGUUUGGUUUGUCGAAUCUUUUAUUGAACUUACCAACCUUGACAACAUCGAUUUAUAUAUAUUAAAAUGGUCACGAUCGCGACUUAGUUUUUCACCAUCACUAUUAUAUAAAUUUUUACAAUGAUGUCACAAGAAAUUUUUAUAUAGCAAACGGCGGCGAUGGUCCCCUAUCAUUUUUAUAAUUUAAUAGGCAAUAUAAAUGAUAUAAUAAGUUAUCAUGAGCAACUAAUUAAAUCAAGCUGUGAAUUUAUGAUGAAUUCAGACAAAUCUGCAGAUGGAAGGGCUUCACGAAGAAGACGAGGAGCAAAUUGCGCCAAAGAGAGCCUUCUUCAACGUGCACUAUCAGAACUAUAGAUUCUAAAAUGCUACACUUUUAUUAGAAAGAUCCAAGUGACCAAGUUGAAUAAGUUUAGUUAGGUGCGGCUAAUGUCUAUUUCAAUGUAAUAGUAAGUCCGAUGUUUUUUUUCUUUAGUUAUUUAUCUUAUUAUCGUCUCAAUCUGUAUAUAUUGAAACCCAAAACAAAUUAAUAAUAAGUUGAGGUUUCCCGGUUUAUGAUUA